AUCGAAGUACACUGUUUAAAACUGACCUAUGUACCAUUGUAUGAGACUGCACACACCAUACGAGACAAACAUGUCGGAUCUUGUGUCAGUGGCUGCGAUCAAGGAUCUUCUGACAGAGUGUCCAAUUUGUACAGAACACUUUGAUGAGUCAACACGAAUUCCUCGUCGUAUGCCAUGUUGUGUACAGUCUAUAUGUCAGCCCUGUCUGGAAACCUACACUGGAGGUGCUGCAACCCUAUCCUGCCCCAUGUGUCGACACCGACAUAAUCUGCCUGGUGGGGUGAAAUCUCUGCCCAAAGAGACUCUCAUCCUGAAGACUCUGGACUACCUCAAGAUCCAGAAAGGUCUCCAUCUUCCAUGUACAGAUUGCCCUGACAAGGAAACAGCUGUAGCCCAGUGUGACAACUGUGGAACAUUUUUAUGUUCCCUUUGCUUAAGUGCUCAUAAACGGAAUACGGUAUCAAAGGCCCACACUAUAAAUACCUUUGAUGAAAUGAAGGGCCGACCUGUGCAGAGUUUUCGUCGUCUACAUCAGUGUAGUCAGCACCAACACCCUCUACAGUUCUACUGCUACACUUGUGACAAUGUUGUCUGUGUGUCCUGCACUGUAGUGGAUCACAAAGAAGGGAAGGGACACAACGUCGUGUCCGUGAAUGAAGCACACCAAGGAAAGGCGAAGUCCACAAAUGAUGUUUUAGGAAAGUUAGAAGAGAAGACAAAGAGACUGAGCGAAACGGAGUCAGCCCUUCAAAAGAAGAUAGAAAACAUCAAAUUGUCAAUGAGGGUAGCAAGAGAUGAUAUCAAUAAAAUCUUUGACAACCUGACCGAUAGGCUGAAUCAAAGAAGAACAAUCCUUCUAUCAGAUGUUGAUGGGAAAUCUGCUGAGAAUCUGAAGCUAACAGAGGAGGCCUUGGAUUCGACAAGACAACUGCUGACUAAAGUGAAAUCUUCAUCCGAAUACAUGCGACAGAUGCGCAGCAAAGCUGACAAGGUGGAAGAUCUACAAGUAAUGGGAUCAUCUGAGGCCUCUUUGAACUCCAUGUUGAAGGAGUCACCACAGGAAACACCCUUUGACAGGACUGGAGUCAGCUUUGUUCAAGCAAACGUACAACAUCUGCAGAACACUAUCAAUGUGGCAGGAAUGGUUAGAUCAGUUACGUUCUCCCCAACAGAGAGGCCGAAUGGUAUGCCAGAUACAGAAGUAUACAACGCCAUCAUACUGGAACCUGCAGAGUUCCCUACAGUGAUGGCGAUGGACCGGAGCAUCUGUGACCAGAAGAUAACAUGCCCGACUCUGGAAUGGGACUCAAGCACUGCUCAUAACAAUAUUGACGUGUCUGGAUGUGUGAUCACAAACACCACCUCAGCCGUCCCUUCUCCUGACACAGGAUGUCGGAUACAAGAUAUCAAUUCAUGUCUGGCAUCCAGGCCUUUAAUGGUUAAAAACUGUCAAGGCCAGCGAUGCAUGUAUCGCGUAAAGUUUCGGGUUUGUCUAAACGAAUUGAUAGAAGAUAAUACACUUAUACAAGAGAUUGCCCUGACUCCCACCCCUGUAGAUACUGGCGGUAAUCAAGUCACUGGACUGAGUGUAUAUUUUGCUACAUGCCCCUACCACAAGCAGCAGCUGUGUCUCCGUGUGCUCUAUAAUAGCACCUUCCUCACUGACCGCCCUCUCAUUCAAAACAGAGUUGGACAAUCUAUUGACCUACAACUAUGUUUUCUAAUGGAUGGGGCUAAUGACAAAAUAUUGGUUAUUGAUGCCGGUGAUAACACAGUGUACACCACCGUCACAGAUGUUGAUUUUGACAGACCCAUGUGGGUCAUGAUGUAUGUCGGUAAUGAUGUAAGUGGAGAACUGAUUACAGGCCACAACAUCACAGGAACCUUCGCCAACUACAAUCAUUAGACUAUUUUUCACUAUCCACAACAGUCACACACUAUAUAUAGCAUGCAAUGUAUAAAAGCAUAGCUCUGUUAAAAGAUAUGUAUCCCCUUGACACAUUAUCAACUUGUGUACAUAUGUAAAAGCACGUUUGAUUUACAUAUUUAAUACAAAUAUGAAUGUAACCGUGACGAUCCGGCUUAGAAUCCUACUUGCCGUAAGAGGCGACUAUGCUUGUCGUAAGAGGCGACCACAUCGGGAUCGGGUGGUCAGGCUCGCUGACUUGGUGCAUGUCAUCGUAUCCCAAUUGUGUGGAUCGAUGUUCAUGACAACAAUCACUGGAUUGUCUGGUCCAGACUCGAUUAUUUUCAGCACGCCGUCAUAUAGCUCGAAUAUUGCUCAUUGCGACGUUGAACAACAAACAAACAAUGCAAAUCCGAAUGAAAUAUGAAGCCAUAAUAAUGCAACACGGCUGAUGUUCAGUACUUUUCCUCAGUGUCUUACUAUCUCAAUACAUUAAAGGGCAAGUUCACACGAAAAUAAACCUAUUUUUCUUGCACUUUUUCAUCAUGAAAAGUAUUUACCUAGUAGUUUCGGAAGCAAAACAAUUAAAAUAUCACAAGUAUCUAAUUUAAUUUAUUCAUAAAAUCGGUUCAUAUUUAUCACAUUUACAGAGAGUUCUAUUUCCAAAAUAAACACACCAUGCCUUAUGCCCCUUGCAAUAUGACGUCAUUGGUGCCAAUUGAUAAAGGAAUGACGUCAUAAGACUUUAUUAGACGCGUUUCCCGUGGUGUAUGUAGGUGUGUGGUUCUAUCUUCUCAGAUGCGCAGCCUAGCUAUUGUUUUGUUCGGUGCCGAGCUGUCCAAGAUACAACGCUAAGCACAAUUACUCUAAAAUUAUUUCGUUUUCCAAAAUCGCGACUGAGAAGACAACAAUGCACUGAUAACAUACUGUAAGAUUCGCGAUUAUGGUUGGAAGGGUCCGUUGUAUGAAUUGCGCUUAUUCGUUCAUUUGUGUUGCGCUUAUUGGCUCUUGCUGUCGUCUUCCGUGAGAGUUUAGAUACCUGCUGGUUCUGAAACCACAGGACCAUAUGUGACUAAUAAUAACAAUAAAAAAAACUCGCCAAAAAAUUAUAGACGAGGUCGAAGGCCGUUUUUGUUACUGUUAUUAGUUACAUAUGGUCCUGUGCUGAAACUGAUCGGAAGCGGAAGGUGUACGAUCCUUAUAUGGAAACGGGCUAAAGGGACAGCACUCUCAUCAAGACCCUGACUGGGAUGUUUUUGUGAACAAACGCCGUAAAGUUGAAGUAACUCAUCAGGUAAGUUUGCUGUUUUAGUUUAUUCUAACCACAGUGGUAUGUAAGAAAUGUAUUUUAGCAGGGGUAGGGUGAUAUUUGUACAUAGUUUCACUUGAUAAUCAUGAAUAUCCGCGAUGUUGUCUCGUUCACAUGUUCACUUCCUGCAUGGUUAUGUCGAUACUCCUGAUCAGCUGAUCGUUGCAGUAUGCAGCAAACUCCUGUUGAUGGAGUAAGUUGUGUUACGUAAUGUUUUAGUUUAACAGCCAUUCCCGUCUGGAAUUAACACAAAUCAUCUCAUUUCGGUAUUUAAUAAACUUUAUAAUAACACAGGAAAACAAAUUAUAAAUUAUAUAAACUCAUUGAAAUUCUGUGUAUGUGUGUGUUUGUGUGUGUACCUAAUCUUUAAAUAAUCAUGUACAAUAAUUUUGAUUCAGACUGUUGAAGCAAAAAUCUGCAAAAAUACAUUGUUGCAACAUGUUUAUUUUUUUAUAUUUGGGCUCUAUAUAUUUUUUAUUCAAAAAGAUAUCUGGUUUUGCUGGUUUGUAGCUGGCAAAAUAGCCAGUCACUAUCCAAAAUCAUCUCCCACCUACCACCCAAAAUAUUCAAAUUUCAUGUUGCAAUUUACACACAUAUACUAUUUAUAGCACAUUUAUACAUGAAAAAAAUCAAGUUACCAUUUUAUAUUUUGUGAUAGUGAGAUAUUGAUGACAAAAGUGUUAAUGUUUCUAUGUUGUAUCUUUCAAAUAUGAAGUUUCGAGCCAAGUCAUGCCAGACACUGAUGCCCAGAAAGUACAGGUCCCCAGUCCAUCAUGGUGUAAAGUCUCUGUCCAAUGUACACCAGAAGCAUGGCACACCAUGCUUCACAGUAUGAGGUCCCACAAUGAUAUGGAAGAGUAUAAAUGCGACAAAACCCUUUCCAUAUUCAUAUGUAAACGCUGUAAAAAUCAGUUAAUGGUACGAUUCUGACUAAAUCAUGAGCACGUGUUAAUGAAUCGCUAUCAAAUAGUGAUAAUACCAGGUGUUCGCGAAAGGUGAGAGUAUCCUGCCCCAACGGUGUCACAAGAAAUCCCUGGUGUUGAGAUCCAUUUUCAUUGUGUGCAAAUUGUGUUUAUUUUCAUGCAGAGUUACAAGUCAUAAAAUAUUAGAGUGUCUUGUGAGGUACAGUGCUUUAGACAUCAAGAGAGCUGUACUUUUGAAAUAGUCAACCAGUGCACUAACAAGUGGCCACUGAGCAUUUAGCCAGUGCUUUUGAUAUUUUCUUCAGUCUUUUCCCGGCCUUCGCCCUUGCCCAAAACUACCUGAUCCAGCAUCAGCCAUCCUGUAUUACAGAAACUUAUCAAAUGAAGCAGAAAAAGGCUGAUUGUUGUCAGAGACCAUAAAACAAGAUUUCAGUGAAAAAAGCUUAUUUUAAUGAGCAUAGAGAAAAACAUUACAUACAUCAGAUGGAAAUCUUUCAUGAAUCACCUCGACAACACAUGAUUGAAUAACUUUUCUCAUUAUUCUUCAACUAUUUCUGCAAAUCCCCAAAGUGAACCUAUUGUUUAUGAGGUGUAGAUAGAUUCUGCAAUGAAAAAGUGUUUUUUAUUAGUCAAGCUAUGCACAACAUUACAAAAAAAUAUCAUACCAUUUACAUAUAUAUUUUUGUCAUUAAAUCUGGAGGGAUGCUUAUAUAAGAAGUAACUUGUAUUGAUGAUAUAUGUAAAAAAAUUAUUACAUGUUAAUAAUUCAAUAAAUACCAAAACAGUUUAUAGUUCUAUCAUGUUGACAUGAUGUGUUUAUUACUGUAGGUUUGAAUACUUCUUGAAAUAUUGUGGGCAUGUUUCAAUAUCACUGAUGUAAUAUAAUAACCUUACAAGUUGCAUAUGCUUUCACAACUUGCUGGCAAAUAAACAUUUAUGGUACUCGAAUCUCUUAUUUUACUUGUCAGAUUUGUUUGUUGUGCAUGAUAGAUCUUAAAAUGCAUAAUAAAAUAAAUUGAUGAAAGUAAAUCAUAUUAUAUGUUUUCUUAACUUUAUUUCAAGUGUUAAUAUAAAAAGGGUGGUGGGGUUAGCCUUGUGGUGAAAGCGUUCGAUCGUCACACUGAAGACCCAAGUUCAAUUCCCCACAUGGGCACAACAUGUGAAGCCCUUUUCUGGUGUCCCCCAGUUGUAAUAUUGCUGGAAUAUUGCUAAAAGCGGGAUAAAACCCUACUCACUCACUCAUAUAAAAAAAAUGAUUGCAUAUUUCAUUUGCAUUUUAGGGGGCGGUGUUACAGACGUUUUGCCCAAAAGGUCUGAUUGGGAGGUCUUAAUUUCCAAACAAAGAUUUACAAUUUCAAAGAUUUUUCACUAAUAUUCAACAAGUUUUACUUAUAGUUUCUUAGAUAAUUUAUAUGUAUUGAUUGUGACAGUAAAUGAGCUUUUUGUAAACAUUUUACAUAUAUCUGGUCCACUCAGUUAAACAACCCACUGUUUUUAAAAAUUAAUUAUAUACAUUAGAUUCUUUUUUAUAGUUUCUAAACAUUUUUUUUAACAAUCUGGCCCCAUAAUAGAUGAUAAAUAGUUUCCCUACAAAGUUGCAAUGCAUUUUCUAUGAAUGGUUGUCAGAACAAACCAAUAACCAAUUAUCUAUUAAAUAGAAUAAGAUACUGUAGGCCUACUGCAGUAACUGGUUUCAAACACUAAACAAAUCAAUUGCACUUUAGUGAUCUAUCUUUUCACUUUCAAAUGGGGACGGUGUGAAGUGUGAAUUACGACAUCCAAUUACUUAUCAAUAGAUAUGGCAGGUAUUUUGAACUCGGAUGGGAAAAAAUCAAAAAGAAUCUUUUUUCCCCCAGUACGUUUCCACUCGGCAACCGACUUUAGAAACGUACUGGGACGUACCCCAUUUUCGUGUUACUCUAAGCAUAUGGUCUCGUCAUCAGCUGGUAGGCCUAAUGUGUAAUCUUGUUGAGACAACGUUUGGCGACAGAUCGUAUUUGUUUCUUGAUAUUGGCAAGUAGCAUUGGUCUGUAGCUUAUAGGUGGUGGGAAUAGUUACACCUAAUACAGACAAACUCAGAUUGACGACAAUGCCGUAACAGGGUGGGACAGGAUGAAUAGGCCUGCUGACGAAGCAUGCGGGUCACCCGGCGUGACAAAAUUAUCUUAGAAUAUUAUAAUGAGCAUAUAGGUAAUUUAGGUAUACACACAUCAAAGUGUUAUUCUUACCACGUUGUCACUGGUUGGCCUACUUGUGUAGAUGUCGAGUCGGGGUCGGGUGACAAAUUAGGUGAUGUGGGUCUUCUCUUGUUUCCACUUGAUUUUCAUCGUUUCCGUACAGCGAAGCUUGCUCGUUUUGGUUCAAAAUCGUAUGGUUUUGCGAUUUCUUGAAGGGUCAAGGGAACUUCUUCGGACCAGGCAAGGUAUCGGAUGCCAUGUUGUCUCACCAUAAACUGGUACUUGAUUUCUUUUGCGUUGUGACAAGACAGGAACCCAGUUAAAUUGGCACCAAUUACGUCAUAAUCUAAGGGGGAUAACUCAGGCCUGUUUAGCUCGGAAAACGAAGGCCUCAUAACGGCAUGACAUUUUCACACUUAUUGUGAGCUCGCUACAUUGACUGUGAG